GGCGGCGCGGGGCGGGGGGCGGAACAUGUCUCCCGCCGCAGGAAGAUGAGGCAGCGGCCGCCGCCGCGGGCGUAGCGGGCCGGAGCGGAGCCCGACCCGACGCGGGCGGCGCGCACCGCGGGCACCGCACGCCGCUGCCCCAGCGCCCCGGCCCGCCUCGCGGGGCGGGCAACCCGGCGGGGGAGGGGCCGCCCACGCGCGCCGCCGCCGCCCACGCGCGACCCUCGGGGGCCCGGCCGCGACGCCCCUUUGUCCGGGGGGGCCGUUCAUGCCGUCGCCCCCCGCGCGCCGCGUGUCCGGCCGCGCGGAGCAGUCUGUCCCCACAGCCACUGUGCAGGGCCGUCUCUAGGCUGGAGGGCUUUCCCUGGUUCUUGUGCCUGCCACUGCUGCUGGAGAAUGAGCCAGUCGCAGAGGAUGGCCCCUGUGGGCACCGACAAGGAGCUCAGUGACCUUCUGGACUUCAGCAUGAUGUUCCCACUGCCUGUGGCCAAUGGGAAGGGCCGGCCUGCCUCCCUGACAGGAGCCCAGUUCACAAGUUCAGGCCUCGAGGACCGGCCCAGCUCGGGUUCCUGGGGCACUGGUGACCAGAACAAUUCCUCCUUCGACCCCAGCCGGGCCUACAGUGAUGGUGCCCACUUCAGUGAGGCCCACGGCAGCCUUUCUUCGUCCACAUUCCUGGGACCUGGACUUGGAGGCAAGGGCGGUGAGCGGGGCGCCUGUGCCACCUUCGGGAGAGAUACUGGCGUUGGCAGCUUGACUCAGGCUGGCUUCCUGCCUGGCGAACUGGCCCUCAGCAGCCCCGGGCCGCUCUCCCCCUCUGGCAUCAAGGGCAGCUCCCAGUAUUACUCCUCGUACCCCAGCAACCCUCGGCGGAGAGCUGCAGACAGUGGCCUGGACACACAGCCCAAGAAGGUCCGGAAGGUUCCGCCUGGUCUUCCUUCCUCGGUGUACCCGCCCAGCUCGGGGGACGACUUUGGCAGGGACACAGCCGCCUACCCCUCUGCCAAGACCCCCAGCAGCACCUACCCCAGCCCCUUCUACAUGGCAGACAGCAGCCUGCACCCCGCGGCGGAGCUCUGGAGCAGCCCUGGCCAGGCGGGCUUCGGGCCCAUGCUGGGGGGCGGCUCCUCCCCCUUGCCCCUCACACCGGGCAGCGGUGGUCCUGUGAGCAGCAGCACCUUCAGCGGCCUGCACCAGCACGAGCGCGUGGGCUACCAGCUGCAUGGAGCGGAGGUCAAUGGCGGGCUUCCGGCCGUGUCCACCUUCUCCUCAGCCCCUGGAGCUCCUUACGGCAGCGUCUCCAGCCACACCCCGCCCGUCAGUGGGGCUGAGGGCCUCCUCGGCUCCCGUGGGACCACGGCUGGCAGCUCUGGGGACGCCCUUGGGAAGGCUCUGGCCUCGAUCUACUCUCCAGAUCACUCCAGCAGCAACUUCUCACCCAGCCCCUCGACCCCUGUGGGCUCCCCUCAGGGCCUGCCGGGGACAUCACAGUGGCCCCGAGCAGGGGCUCCCGGUGCCUUAUCGCCCAGCUACGAUGGGGGUCUCCCUGGCCUGAGCAAGAUGGAAGACCACCUGGACGAGGCCAUCCACGUGCUUCGCAGCCAUGCUGUGGGCACAGCAGGCGACGUGCACGGGCUGCUGCCUGGCCCCGGAGUGCUGGCCUCCAGCUUUGUGGGCCCCUUGCCGCUUGGCGGUCGGCACACCGGCCUGGUUGGGAGUGGCCACCCUGAGGACGGCCUUGCGGGCAGCGCCAGCCUCUUGCACAACCACACUGCCCUGCCCAGCCAACCUGGCACUCUGCCUGACCUUUCGCGGCCACCUGACUCCUAUAGCGGACUCGGGCGAGCGGGAGCUGCGGUGGCCGCUGGCGAGAUCAAGCGGGAGGAGAAGGAGGACGAGGAGAACGCCUCGGUGGCGGACAACUCCGAGGAGGAGAGGAAGGAGCUGAAGGGCUCCCGCGCUCGGACCAGCCCAGACGAGGACGAGGACGACCUUCUCCCCCCAGAGCAGAAGGCCGAGCGGGAGAAGGAGCGUCGGGUGGCCAAUAAUGCCCGCGAGCGGCUGCGGGUCCGGGACAUCAAUGAGGCCUUUAAGGAGCUGGGGCGCAUGUGCCAGCUGCACCUCAGCAGCGAGAAGCCCCAGACCAAACUGCUCAUCCUGCACCAGGCCGUGUCGGUCAUCCUGCACCUGGAGCAGCAAGUGCGAGAACGGAACCUGAACCCCAAAGCAGCCUGCCUGAAGCGGCGAGAGGAGGAGAAGGUGUCAGGCGUGGUUGGAGACCCCCCGAUGGUGCUGUCAGGCUCCCACCCGGGCCUGAGCGAGGCCCACAACCCCACCGGGCACAUGUGAGGAUGGCCCUGCUGGACGAGGGACCAGCUUACUCCCCACGCUGGGUUUGGGUGAUGGAGCAGCCUCACCACCCUUCAACCAAGAGCGACCUGCUGCAUCCCGUCUGGCCACCUCUCCUGCAGAUCCUGGAAUCCAUGUGGCCCCA